AUGCUCUACCGUGGCGACGUUGUUCCGAAGGAUGUGAACGCUGCCAUCGCGACAAUCAAGACGAAGAGGACAAUCCAGUUUGUGGAUUGGUGUCCAACCGGUUUCAAGGUCGGCAUCAACUACCAACCGCCGACUGUGGUGCCAGGCGGUGAUCUGGCAAAGGUUCAGCGAGCCGUCUGCAUGUUGAGCAACACGACGGCAAUUGCGGAGGCCUGGGCACGUCUGGAUCACAAGUUUGAUCUGAUGUACGCGAAGCGUGCCUUUGUGCAUUGGUACGUCGGUGAGGGUAUGGAGGAAGGAGAGUUUUCGGAGGCCCGUGAGGAUCUGGCAGCCCUGGAGAAAGACUAUGAGGAGGUUGGCGUUGAUAGUGUGGAGGCGGAGGGUGAAGAAGAGGGCGAGGAGUAUUAG